ACAAAUAGUUCACUUGAACAGAAAUUCCGCUGAUUUAGGGUUUCAGUUGCAAAAAACUAUGUCGACCUUGGGUGAAAAAUUCGUUGAAUUGAAAGUUGAGGAUGAAAAUAGCAAAAAGGUUGAGAAUGGGAAGGAAGAGUCAUCCGGGUAUGACCCGGAUGAUUGGCUUACGUGGCCGAAUAAGGACGUAUUCAUCAAGUAUUAUCAACAGCUACGCGAGAGCGAGGGUUUUGAUUUUGAUGAAUACCCUGGGUCGUGCAUGUUUGCUCCCAUCUACCCCAUUCUAGGAUUUGAACGUCAUCCUGAGUAUGUGGCUAGGAUCAAGGGUUAUGCUUCAAUGGCAAUCAAGAAGUACUACCGCAAACGCAAGGAUGGGAAGGAACGCAAAGUUAAGGAGAUUGUGAAGAUAAAUGCAGGUGGUCCUAGUGACUUUAACUUCUACAUCACCUUUAAAAUUGAUAAUGCUGGGAAGGAAGAAAUUUUUCAAGCUAAGGUUGUAAUCUUGAUUGAUGACACAAUUGAGAUUCCAAUAUGCAGGCGCAAAAAGGUCUAACUUGUUGCCGAAAUAUCUGUGGUGACUCGUGGCGUUUGUCGCUCCUUGUGAACAAAACUUUGCUUUCUUCUACUAAACUAGAACUUGUAAUAUUGGUUUUCGUAUUUGCCAUUGACAAUUUAUUGGCAAUGUCCUCGUACCUUUUUGAUGCUUGGCUCUAAAUAUAAAUCCCUCAAACACUAGAUGCUACAGCCUACGAGUAUAUGUUCUCGGUAUCUGAAAAACUUAGUAACAAGUUCACUUUUGAGACA